AUGCACUACAAGAAAAAGGCAACAGUCACCUUUCCAUGGAACGAUCCCCGCUUGAGGACCGAAGGAGGGAAACGACCUUCUGGCUCAGAUUGCUCGGAUUCGACAGUUUCCCAAAAGAACUCAGUUCCAGUCAACCGCAACCCUCCAGCGUCUGAGAAACAAGUCCAGGGUCAAGCCGCUUCCCUCUUCGGGGUUGGAGUGGAAGACACCGACGGCAGAGCAUGGCCUGGAAGCACAGAAGAAAGGAUUGUUGACAGGGAUAGACCCUUGUUUGACUUGCGGAAGACAUUCAAAAGCAGCGGAACAUUAAACCCAGCUACCUUAGGGGAGCUAGCAACAGACCUCGAGGAGAAGCUGGAAAUAGAGACUAGGCGCAAUGCAGGAGCAGCUACAGCGACAAAGUCGAGUACAACCACCAACACAGCCUCAGGGCAGGGAUCUUCGAAGACUGGUAUUUUUGGUUUCAGAGUGAAGCAACCGGCUCCGAGUCCACAUGCGAAUGCGUGGUUAGACUCCUCCAGAUCGAUUCACGCGUUGAGUCCACCACCUGCCAAUGAGGCACGUUCAACACGUCCGACUGAGAAAACCAGCCAGCCCCAAAAAUCAACCACAGUAUCCACUGAGGACUCGUUUCUUUCCAAGCUUUGCGCAGCUGCCUCAUCAGCUCCCGCUCAAGAAGCAGGGCUCCCAGCUACCGUGUCUGCACGGAGCAACUAUUCUGCCCAAUGUUCUCAAUUCGAUGGACAGGUCCAUCUGUCUGACGGAAUUGUCCAUCGACCGCCGCUUCGGCGUAGCCAACGCUUGCGCAAUCGCACUUCCAGUGAUAUACCCAGGACUGGCCCCUUAGUGGAAAGUAAGAAGUUCAUGACACCUUCUCGGCAGAAGACGCGGGUUCGCACUUUGGAGAAGGAUAGCACCCAGUCCGCUAGUAUGCAGGAAACAGACAUUCGAGGCCCGCAACUCUCUGAGCUUCAAAGACUCCACGGUUCAGACUCGUCUGCGCCCAUCACGAACAGUUCAGCAUCAUACACCCUGCGGUUGGCUUCGCCAAAAAUCAUGGUGCAUCGUCCCGAUACAAUUUCUAGUGAGGAAGACUCUCACCGCCAUUCUUCUGCAUCAUCACAAAUAGCUCCAUACAUGCCCCUACAAAAGAUCAGUACACGACCUUACCCUACGGUGGAAGAUGGUGACUAUUUUGGUAGCUCUUCACCAAUCAAGGAAGAAUCCGACAACGAGGACGACUCUUUCAGUCAUAGAUCGAAAAGUGCCUCACCGGAGAGGAAGCUCGGACCAAUAUCAAGCGCUCUGAUUAGCAGCCUGCUACCAGAGACAGCGGGACAUUUCAGAUCUGGAUCGACAGCUCUGAUCAGGACUCCAUCUCCAGGCCCUGUGGAUGCAGUUUGGAAAAGGGUCAUCACAAAAAACAGAGAAAUGAUGUUACCAGCAUUUUUCUACAUUGUGCAAGCGUUUUGCCCAGAUUUAACAGUUCAACAGAUACCGAGCGGCUACAUUUACGCCUUCAAGGCCAAGGACAGUCGAGCAAAGAACUAUGUGAGAAUUGGUGUAACCAAGGACAUCAUUGAUAGGAUGAAGCAGCACAAGAGGUGCUAUAGAGAAUACAAGCUGAUAUAUCCCCUGGGAGGGCAAGACCUCAUCCCCGUCGAUCACGCUCACCGUGUUGAGCGCUUAAUCCACGCAGAGCUCGUGGAGUAUGCAAUGAAGUUAGAACAAUGUCCGGGUUCUGAUCCGAAAUGCCACGGCCAUGGCGAAUGGUUCGAUGUCAAGGAAGACCACGCAAUAGCUGUCAUUCAGAAAUGGUGUCAUGUUAUAAGUUGCUCGGUGUACGAGCAAGUCCCUUUGCCUGAAAAGAUUGAGAGGAAAAAGAAGAAGACAGGUAGAGGAAGCCUGCAAGCGAGCUCUCCGAAUGAUGGAAAAACCAAUGCCAAUUCACCAGAUCGAACGGGUGGAAGCCCAAGGCCGUCAAAUUGCCAGAGUCCAGGGUUGGUGGCAGAAACAAAAUGGCGACUAAUACCGCUGUGCCUACAAGAUAUGAUGGCGAUCUGUUGGCCCCUGCACUUGCGGGCGCCAACAGCGGACGACGAAGAUGUCAAUGGAGAUGGAAAAGGGAAGGCGUUGAUUGAACAAUAG